UUGGCCCGCCGGGGCGCGUCCCCCCACUCUGCCCAGCUGUCACUCCGAGCCUUCCCCGCCCCUUUUUGCCCCCCUUUCCCUCCCGCCUUGUGCCGCUCGGGCGCCCCCUCCCUCGCCUCCUCCCCCCUCCCGCCUGAGAUGCAGCAAGGCUGGUGGGUCGGAUGCGAGAGCCAGCCCGGACCUGCUUCUUCCCUCCGUCCUCGCCUCCCGCUCUGCAGCAUCAUUUGCACCCACCACCUCCCGCAGCCCCUCCAGCACCAUGAGCUGCCCCUUGCUCCUGGGCGCGCUGCUCUGCAGGAUGGGCAUGCUGGCCCUCCACCAAGGGUUGCUGGUUCGGGGAGUGGAUUUUAAUCAACCAGCCGACAAUUACACCGUUUGUCAAGGGGACAAUGCAACACUAAGCUGCUACAUAGACCAGCAAGUGACGCGUGUUGCCUGGUUGAACCGCUCCAACAUCCUCUACGCUGGCAAUGACAAAUGGUCCAUCGACUCUCGUGUGGAGCUACUAACCUACACGCCAUCCGAGUUCAGCAUCAUGAUCACACAUGUCGAUGUGUACGACGAAGGGCUUUACACCUGCUCCUUCCAGACACAAGACAAGCCCCACACCUCACAGGUGUACCUCAUCGUUCAUGUCCCAGCACGGAUUGUGAACAUCUCCUCCGCUGUAACCGUAAAUGAAGGAAGCAACGUGAAUCUGCUCUGCCUUGCGAUGGGGAAACCGGAGCCAACCGUAACUUGGCGGCAGCUGAAAGAUGGAUUCACCAGCGAAGGGGAGUUCCUGGAAAUCACGGAGAUCAACCGGCAACAGGCAGGGGAGUACGAGUGCAUCACGGCCAAUGGGGUCUCCACCCCAGACAGCAAGCGAGUCCUCAUCACGGUCAACUACCCUCCGACCAUCACAGAUGUGAAGGACUCGCGGCCCAUGAUGGGGAAGACAGCUCUGCUGCGCUGCGAAGCCAUGGCUGUGCCACCUGCUGAAUUUCAGUGGUUCAAAGAUGACAAACAACUAGUUGGCGGCUUGGAUGGACUGCAGAUCCAGAAUGAGCGGACCCGCUCCAUACUGCUCUUCCCAAACGUCACCACUCGGCAUUACGGGAACUACACCUGCUUGGCUUCUAACAACCUGGGCUCCUUCAAUGUUAGCUUACGGCUUAUCAGACCAGGUUCCCUGGAAAACAUGGCAGCAGCGAGCAUGGCAUCUCCCCUCUUCUUGGGCUUGCUGUCAUCUGCCUUUGUGACUCUGUUGUUUAGGAUUUAGGACAGCCGGGAAAUGGAGCAGACCAAGGAAAGGAAACAAGUGAAAUGGAAAGAAUCCAAGAUAGGGGGGGAAGAGAACGAUAAAGAGAGAGAAGAAGAAAAAGAAGAUGUAUCUCUACUUUCUGGAAAAGAUGAAGAGAGCGAGAAAUGAAAUAAAAAUUAUUGAGAACCCCAUCACUGUGAGGGAAUAGAAGAAAACAAAACAAAACAAAAAAUAUGCAUUUGUUUCUACAGCCAUUUAUCUUCACAUGCCAUCUCAGACACUUCCAGUCAAACCUGAUAUUUAACACAUAACUGAAAAGACACAGGGCUCAAAAGGGUUGACUGCGAACGCGGCCCUCCUGACCCCUGACCUCUGCGACGACAUUCGAAAGCGGCAUCCUUCUUCUCCUUGGGCCAACUGGACCUUUCAUCUUGCAAAUUCACGGAACCAGGAACGACACUUCCACAAAGGAUUUUUAUCCCAUUGUUUUAGGGAUGGGCUUUUUUCCUCCCAUUAUUCUUCCUUUUGCUCAUGUUUGGGGUGUGAUUUUUGGCAGCUGACUGCAUUCAACUUCCGGGCUUCCCAUGUUUAUUAUUUCCUUGAUUUACGCUGAGAUGAGAAGCUCUGUAGAACAUGAGAUUGGUCUCCCCGUUUCCAGUUAUUCCAGAUUUGUGGGCUGUCUUAGGUCCAGAGACAUCAGGAUGUGGCUUAGCCCAGCUUUGGCAUCAAACAGACUUCCUUUUAAGGAAAACAAGGAAAGCCUACAUCGUACGAAUCCACUUUGCCAAAGCUGCGGAGAGGCCAGCGUGAAAGUUUGUGUCUGCAGGCCUUUCAACGCCUUGCUGUCCAAAGUCCUGGGAAGAACUCUAAGGCCACUGCGCCCGCCCAGACCACUAAGUUUUUAAGGCAUGGGAUUCUCCUUCUUUAAGACACAGGGGUAAGAAUGACCUCUCCUGGUAGAGUUUCUUGUCGAGUAACUGUCUGUUGUGUCUAGACAGAUAGCAAGAAACAGGCAUGGCAAAUUUGAUUCUUCAUUGUGUUGCGGGAGGGUGGAGUGUUUCCUCGAGCGAAAUCUCUGCUUGGAAUGUCUGCCAGCUCUUGAAAUCAAUGACAUUUUCUUCUUCGGUUGCACUUUCUCACACAAUUUCUUCCUGGCAGAUCCCCAAGUGUUGGUGAUUCCCCUUCUCUUUCCCCCAAGGGGGCCAAUAUUGCUUAUCUCUCAACUGAACAAAAAGACUGUACACUCGAUCCUCCCCCUCUCCAUUAUUUAUGUCUUUCUACUUUUCUGUUUCACUUUCCUCAAAAUCUUACUAUUGUCCCUUGCAUGUUGGAACCCCUGACGUCAACGCUUCUUUCAGAUGGAAAUGUAUGGGCAUCGUGUCGGGGGGAAAUGGAACUAAAGGUUAUGGGAGAUGCCCAGUUCUGGCUGAAAACCAGAGCGUUGCGAGAGAUAUGGCCAACAAGGUGCAAUUGUAAUUUAAUUAAGUAAUUCCCCGUGUAUUUCGGUGCCUUCAUCGGGAGCAUUUCUGUGACACAGAAAUCGCAUCUCCUUCUAACGCACCAUAUUAAGAGAGGUUAUAAUUCCAAACCUGUCAAGAGGAAGAUAGUAAUUCCCAAACACAUUGGGAAUUGCUGAUUAAAUUAUAAUUACAGAACGUCAGCCUUGCUUCUGGCACCUUGCCUGAGGUUGUUUUUGUUACAAUGCCACCCUGUGUCAACGUGGAGGUCUCUGAUCCAGUGAUGCUGUGGUGAGGGAACCUGGAAUGUGGUUGUGUUGUGCCAUUUAUUUGUGUUACGCUACAUGAUUGGGGGCAAAAAGAAAGAGGAGACGCAAGGUUGCUGUGUGCUGCCGUGACCUUGUGGCUCUUGUGACGUGUUGUUUUCUCUGCAACAUUUGUGCAAUCGUUUGGUUAAAACAAACAGAUUUUAAAAAAUUCCAGUAUAAGAAACAAAGCUUCACUUAACUCCCUCUCUUAAAUUCUAUUUCCAGUAUAAAUUAUGCAAUAUGCAACAACACAUGUGAAUGUGCUUAAUUGUUACCGUUUUCUCAAGCAGCUAGAUUUCUGCUUUAGAUAUUUAAAAUUGCCGAAUGUAGGAUAUCACGAUACAAAGCUCUGGUGUGUAUUUUCAAAUGUAGAUUUUCUCUACUGUCCUGCACAGCUUUUGUUACAUAAUGCAGCAGUAUGAUACAUUCACAUAAUGUAACACUCAGAACUUUCUUGGACUCUGUUUAUCUUGAAGGGUUAGAGAAGGCAUGGGCAAACUUGGGCCCAAGUUUGCCCAUGCCUGGAUUAGAGCAAAUUUCUAGUCAUUACAAAGUUGACCACAUGCUUGAACGUUUGUGUGCAAUGCCUACCUAACUCUCUGAAGCCAAAGUGGUGGCCAGAUAAGAUCUUAGAAUAUUAUCUUGUCUUUCCCCUUCACUAGCAGGACAAUAAUAAUAAUUUAAAAUAUAUUUUUGACAAAUCAUUCAAAAGAAGAGGCAAAAUUGUGGUUAAUACACAAUGUGGCAGAGCAGGGCUUUUGCUGGUGCAAAAUUCAGCUUGCCUUGCUGUAAAAUUUCACCUUUUUAGUGUACAAUACAAAGAGCCCCGGGGUCCAUUCACAACACUCAGUUACUGUGUUGUCGAAGGCUUUUAUGGCCAAAAGCACUGGGUUGCUGUGAGUUUUCCGGCCUGUAUAGCCAUGUUCCAGAAGCAUUCUCUCCUGACAUAUCACCCACAACUUCUGAGGAUGCCUGCCAUAGAUGUGGGCGAAACAUCAGGAGAGAAUGUUUUUGGAACAUAGCCAUACAGCCUGGAAAACUCACAGCAGCCCACUCAGUUAUUGUUUCUAUCAUUGUGUUGUGUCCUGUGGGUCCUUGGGGUUUGUAGUUUGGGGAGGCACUGGUGCGCUCUGGCUGGGAAUCAUAAAUGCUCCCCCCUGAAUUGACAAUCCUAUACCCUCCAACAAUUCACAGAUGAAAACUAGAUCCCAUGACCCAUCAGAGUGUGGUCAAGUUGGAAAAACUUACUACUAGGGAAAAAUACAAAAGCUAAGAGGAGCUGCAACAGUUUGCUUUUGCCUGAACCUACUGGAAAAUGUCAAAUUUCCUCUUCUCUUUUCCCCAUGUUAACUGAGUGUAAACUGCUUUUGCAGGUUGAAUUCAGUUUCUACAAUGGAGGAAAGAUAAGAAAAAUGCGAAAAAGUGUGUGUGUGUGGGGGGGGGGGGGAGGAAACGGUGGCAUUUUAAAUGCAGACCAAAAAGUGAGAGGGCACAUGACCAAGUGAGAGUGUCUCGGCCAAACUGGGACAGUGAGAAGUUUUUUUUUUUAAUCAUGUCAGAAGCAAAUUGAGAAACUGCAAGUUGCUUCUCUUGUGAGAGAAUUAGCCAUCUACAAAGAAGUUGCCCAGGGGACGCCCGGAUGUGUUACCAUCCUGCUGGGAGGCUUCUCUCAUGUCCCGUAUAAGAAGAUAGGGCUGACAAAUGGGAGCUCACCCCAUCUUGUGGAUUCGAACUGCCGACCUUUAGGUCAGCAGUUCAGCUGGCACAAGGGUUUAACCCAUUGCGCUACCAGGUCCCCUAUUGAAGGUUAUGCAAUUCCAGGAUUCCAUCAGACAAAACUAUAGCCAUUAAAGUGCAAUAAUGGUGCUAUAAUUGUGCAAUGUGACUGGGCUCCUGGAUAUAACACAAGCAGCCCCAUCCAGCAAAAGUAAACUUCAUUGAAACCUGAGAGGCCCUUCAAUUCCCAGUUAGGUUCUGCUCUGGCAUUGUGGUUCAGGGAUUAGCUUUUUGUUCCAUCUUCACUAGGAUCUUUCUUCAGUCCGACCUUUUUCUAUCCCAGCUUGUUAUAAGUCUUACUCUCACAUUACAAACUCGGCUGAAGCUAAUUUGUGUAUUUAGAUGUUCUUUCCAAGGAGUCCCUGAAUCUUUUUUUGGCCCCUUAUUGGGCUUCUGAACCUGGGGAUUUGAAUCAGCAAUAAUGUUUGUGUAUCAAACUAGACCUUAAAUGGAAUGUGCGUUCCCGAUGAUAAGUAUACUCCUCAUCCUAAAACAAGAUUUCCUCAGAGGUAUGUGCCUCAGCCUGUGUUUACCGUCUCAUGAUUAAAUACAUGACAAAGCACACUCAAUGCAAGAUGCAUCAUUGGGGAUAAUCACGUGCUAUGACAAACAGACGUAUUUCACCAGGGAGCUCUUCUUUUAAAAACAUGCUAAACAUAUAGAUUAAUUUAAACCCUUGGAGAACUCUUCUUACACAGCUGUUACUGACUUCAGAACGAAGCUUUAAUUUGUGUGUGUAUGGUCCCUGGUCAAAUUGUUUUUAAAGAUUUUGUAGCCCUUCAGAAGUACGUAUCCGAGGAAAAAACAUUCUCCAGUCGAUGCGCCCAGAAUGCAUGCUUGUGUAUUUUGAUGAAAUUGCCCCAGGUACCCAAUGGUUCAGUAUAUCUGCUGAGUAACGUGUUCUAACCACACAAACCAAUUAGUUUGGAACAACAGAAAGGCAUAGGUACUGUAUGUCUCUACAUAAACACAUAUAUAAUCUUUUCCAGGAUUUUUGGGGAGAGUUAGGAAUGAGACCAUUCUCAUUCCCAACUACAGUAAAGUCUCACUUAUCCAAGACUUGCUUAUCCAAGGUUCUGGAUUAUCCGAGGCAUUCUUGUAGUCAAUGUUUUCAAUACAUCAUGAUAUUUUGGUGCUAAAUUUGUAAAUACAGUAAUUACUACAUAGCAUUACAAAUUCCAAAAAUUGUUGGCUGUGAUGGCCAGCAGACUCAGAGAGUCAUAGUUUAAAAAUAAGGAGCUAAAUCCUUAACUAAUUUAUUCGUGUGAGAAUAGAUAAUUAUGACAUUUUCUCCCUGCUGUGCUUUACAGUAUCCCCAUACUCAAAUAUUCUGAUAUAUUGUGGAGGAGUUAUUCUGUGGAGAAAGCAACCCUCCUUCCCCAGAAAAGCUGUAUUCUGUGCAGAGUAAAAUAUUUUCUUUGGAGGAAACCCAUUUUCAGUGCAGAAUACAAUUUUGUGCAAAGCCCAUUUUUACACAUACAGUAGAGUCUCACUUAUCCAAGACUUGCUUAUCCAAGGUUCUGGAUUAUCCAAGGCAUUUUUGUAGUCAAUGUUUUCAAUAUAUCAUGGUAUUUUGGUGCUAAAUUUGUAAAUACAGUAAUUACAACAUAACAUUACUGCGUAUUGAACUACUUUUUCUGUCAAAUUUGUUGUAAAACAUGAUGUUUUGGUGCUUAAUUUGUAAAAUCAUAACCUAAUUUGAUGUUUAAUAGGCUUUUCCUUAAUCUCCCCUUAUUAUCCAACAUAUUCUCUUAUCCAAUGUUCUGCUGGCCUGUUUACAUUGGAUAAGUGAGACUCUUCUGUAUAAUUGAUUGGACCUGAAAAACUGAGUCAUGUCUAGUCAGUUUCACCACUUCAUUACCUUUUAAAAAAUUAUGGUUCAGUCUUAACAAGCACUUACUAAGUACCUCUACUCACUGCAUUCAUAGGGACAUACUUCUGAGCAUCCGAUUGUACUGUGCAGAAGAGCGCUAUAAUGAAGACACAGACGAACAAAUGGAGUAGGCCUUUCACCCCAUCACUUCCUUCCUUUGUUAUGUUUUGGCUAGUUAGGAAGAGAAAAGGGGGGCAACGUAACUCGUUCUGCCCCAGAAAUAACUGUGCUGAGUCCAGAUUGGCUUUUUUCCCACUCCUAUCAUUAGAACUAAUACAUUACAUCCGUUACUGUUUCUCAUCAGGGUUAAGAAGGGAACUUCCUGAGGAGUGAAGGGGAAGAAAGGGAGAGCACACACCUUCCACACAAGUAGGAGAUACUUGCAUUGGACAAAUUAAGCAUUGGCCGGGUCUGCUGGUGCCGACUUCCGUGAGCAAGAGGUUAACAAUGAGGCUGCAGAGAAGGAAGAAACCAGACUUAUUGUAGUGCCUGCCAGAGCACUUUGUUCUGACUGCUUAUACAUAGAACCGCAGAGUAUUGGGCCAGGGGAUUUCGUACAAAAUAGAAUCAUAGAAUUGGAAGAGACCUCAUGGGCCAUCCAGUCCAACCACCUGCCAAGAAGCAGGAAAAUUGCAUCCAAAGCACCCCGACAGAUGGCCAUUCAGCCUCUGUUUAAGAGCCCCCUAAAGAAGGAGCCUCCACCACACUCCAGAGUAGAGAGAGUUCCACUGCUGAACAGCUCUCACAGUUAGGAAGUUCUUCCUCAUGUUCAGGUGGAAUCUCCUUUCCUGUAGUUUGAAGAUGUUCCACAUCCACAUCUCCAGGGCAACAGAAAACAAGCUUGCUCCAUCCUUCCUAUGACUUCUCCUCACAUCUUGAUCCAUGGCCCUCAUCAUUUCUCCUCUCAGCCUUUUCUUCUACAAGCUAAACAUGUCCCGCUCUUUAAGCCGCUCCUCAUAGGGUUUGUUCCCCAGACCCUUGAUCAUUUUAGUCACCUUCCUCUGGACACAUUCCAGAUUGUCAACAUCUACCAUUAAAUUGUGGUGCUCAGAAUUGGACACAGCAUUCCAGGAGGGAUCUGACCAAGUCAGAAUAGAGGGGUAGCAUGACUUCUCUGGAUCUGGACACAUGUAUACCUUCAGCAUUUCACAAAUAAAUACUAGAGCACAUAGGGUCAAGUCAAUUCAGGUAGGAGGAAUUAAUAAUGGUGGGGGGCAGACAAGCUGGGAGAGCUGCAGCAGGUUGAUUUUGGCUGUGCCUACUGGGAAGGACGAAAUUUCCUUUCCACAUUGUUGAUUGAGUGCCAGAUACUUCUGAGCUCUGAAUUCAUUUUGCAGUGGUUGAAGUAAGUUGGGAACAAAGCAGGACAGGAGAGAGAAACUUGGACUUUUUAAGAGCAACUGAAAAAGUGGGAUAGUAGAACAAUAACUGGGAGAUUCUUGCUAAAUUGAAACAGAGAGUUUUUUUAUUGGACAGUUUUGCAAGUCUCUCUUCAAUUUUGUGCUUGCUCUUAAUUGGAAACCAUAUUUGUUUUCUGAAGCUACCCCCUCAUUUGCUUCAUAUUGUGAUCCCUCAUCCCUUCUCUUUCUCUCCUCAUCCCUCCAUUUGUCAAUACUCUCUCAUCUUCUUCCUCCAUCUGUUUAUGUGUCCAGCUCCAUGGUGUUAUCUGUAUUAAAUUUUGUGGUACAAGAAGCAAAUGCAGGAUAAGAAAUAACGGGUGCAUUCCUGGAUCCUGGGGGCCCUGAAGUGUACAUUAAAUGGGCAAGACAGGGAUGGAGGAAUGGCCAAGUCUGUCUGCAUUGUUUGAUGGGCUCCAUGAUGCUUUGUUGGAGAACUGUUUCAGAAAUGUUAAGAGACAGAGAAAGGGGGGAACUGCAUGGGAUAAUGUCCUGAGAGACUAAAUUAGCUCUUUCACCUAAAGAAACUCCCAAUUCUUGCUUUGGGAGCUGUAUGAUUGCCAUAAUUUAGGCCAGUGCGGCUUUUCUUUCUGAACAUAAGCCUGCCAGGAAGCUGUGUUGAUGCAAAGUUAAAACAUUGGUCCAUCUAGCUUUUUUAUUGCCUGCUGUGGCAUCUUGUUGAGAUUUUUUUAAAAACUGGAAGAAAGGAGUUUUGUCUUUUGUUGGGCAUUAAACUUUGUGUUUCGUGCAUGCAAAUGAUAAGAUCUCUUUCCAAUUGUCUCAAUUUUAAACACGGAGGAGCCUGUCAUAAAACAUGUGGCUGCCCUCUUCAUUUCUCCUGGAGGCACUGACGGCUCUCCUCGGAGCAAAUAACAUGCCAAGGCUUUAACAAUACAUCCUCCCUUAUACUGUACAUAUUUACAGCCGGAGAGUUCGUUUAUAUACCAGACAAGUUGCCAGCUAUUAUCUGAGCACCGCAAUCUACAAGUCAGUGGGCUUGGAUUGAUGCUGGUUGAGCACCGCUGAAGUCAAUAGCAUUAACGGCAAAGUCUUUCAUCUUAAACCGGUUUGUGCAUUGUGGCCGGCACAGAUAGUAAUUGCAGAGGUGUUUGCUUGUAUCUCUCCGAGGAGGCAAAAUGGGUUUGCACAAAUUUAUCGCGCAGUAAGAAAUAUAUAACACAGGCAGCAACCUCUCGAUUAAACCCAGAUUCCAUAAUCUUCCUUUACAAUAGUUUCACUUCUGUCUUUGUAUUCAGGAGUACACUCAAGAGAAAUGUACAGAAGCAGUGAGCAUUCAAGGGCCCAUAUAUUUCAAUAACGCACAGAUAUAAAACUAGGACACAUGUGGCUUAUAAUAGAGGGUGGUCUAGAAGAGGAAAGUUAUUAAUCGGGGGGAAACGGAAAAGCAAUAAGAGGCAGCAGCAAUUUGCUUUUGCCUGAGUCUAUUGGGAAGAGCAAUAUUCCUUCUCCUCACUGCUUCCCCUCUACUGAGUAAAUUGAAUGAAAACUACUACACAUACAGAUUGCAACAUUACACAUUAGAUUGCAAUAUGUGAUAUAAGCUAAGGAUAAAAGGGAGAAAGAGAAAGGGGAGAGAGAAAUUGGAGCAUUUAAGAGCAGCUGGAAAAGUGGGAUGACAAAUAGUUAAUUAGGACUCCCCUGCCAAAUCGGGAAGGGUGGAGGAUGUAAAAUCCAGAUUGUCUGAUUUGAUAAUCUGGAUUAUAUGACAGUGUAGUAGAGGUUGUAGUUUUCAAAAAUGCUUAAAUCUUCCUCCGCAUGUUUGUGAAAGGGGGACCACAUUAGUUAGAAUCAUAGAAUCAUAGAAUCAUAGCAUCGUAGAAUUGGAAGAGACCUCAUGGGCCAUCCAGUCCACCCCCCUGCAAGAAGCAGGAAAAUAUCAUUCAAAGCACCCCUGACAGAUGGCCAUCCAGCCUCUGCUUAAAAGCCUCCAAAGAAGGAGCCUCCACCACAGUCGGGGGCAGAGAGUUCCACUGCUGAACAGCCCUCACAGUGAGGAAGUUCUUCCUGAUGUUCAGGUGGAAUCUCCUUUCCUGUAGUUUGAAGCCAUUGUUCUUAGUCUGCCCUAGUCUGCAGGGCAGCAGAAAACAAGCUUGCUCCCUCCUCCCUAUGACUUCUCCUCACAUAUUUGUAUAUGACUAUCAUGUCUCCUCUCAGCCUUCUCUUCUGCAGGCUAAACAUACCCAGCGCUUUAAGCCACUCCUCAUAGGGUUUGUUCUCCAGACCCUUGAUCAUUUUAAAAAGCUAUUUUUACAAACUGUGGCUGGAAAAUGUGGGAGAUGGUAGUGAAACUAGCAGGGUUAUCAAGUUGACAAGGCAGGAGCUGAACAAGAGCUAGUUCCAUACCUACCUCCAUACUCACUCACUCAUAACCAGUCUUGCCUACCUUCCUGUCUUUCUCUUAAUGCAGCAUCACAGCUUAGCACUGCCCCAUAUCCUCCAUACUUUAUAUUAUACCUUUACUUACAAAUUACUUGUGCCUAGUCAAAUACAAGGUGUUAUGGAGGAGACAAGAGAAAAUAUGUUUGCAAGUUAGAGGUGAUUCCAGAAGAGAUAAGGAGUAGAAAAGUAAAUAAAUAAAAGUAAAUAAACAGGCAUUCAAGUAGCAAUUUGCAUUGGCAUAGAAAGGUUGCUAAGUCUAACUGGGGGUCCCUCUAACAACUGAUGCCUCCUUCCUAUGUGUAAGUGUUAAACUGCAGCUUUUUAAAAGAAUAGCACAGUUUUGCUGGAAAGCUCCACCAUUUUCCAGAGGCUAUGCAAUUCCUCUUGAGAUCUUGAGAUCUGAAAAUUAGGCAGCCUUUGACUGUAGAAAGGGCUGCUGUCAUGCCAUCACAUUUGUGCUUUUUUCACGAUGAAACAGUUUUGACAAAACUGUUGCAUGAAGUCAGCAAUGUUAUGCAAUGAAACCACAUGUCUCUUGUUGUGUGACAUUAUUGUUUUCUAUAUAAAAAACAAUGUUGCACAAUAAAAGUGUUCUGCAACAAAACUGUUGCAAAGAAACACAGCAAAGCUGCACAACAAAGUGGCUAUUUCUUGUGCUACAUUGCUGACUUUGAGCAACAUUUUUGUCAUGCAACUUGGCUGUUAUUUAUGUAAAAGAACAAGUAGUGCUGAACAACAAAAAUGUUUAAUGUUGUUGAAAAAUGUUGCAACCCAUGUUUCACAAGAAAAGCAUAGAUGGCUGCAGUUACAGUUAGACCAAGUUUAUUUUCAAGCUGCAUAACGUAGCAUUUUCAAACAGGCAAGGGCUAAAGUUGCGACAUGGCUUCUCCACAUAGUUUCUAUAGGAGCAUCACUUUGGGUUUUCUGCAUUGCUCCCAAGGAUAUAAUUAUUGAAGCAGGUGAGGGUGCUUUUGUGUUUUCCUCAGAAAACAGAAAUAAGAACGGUGAGUGUAGGUUUUGAAUGAAAAGCUGCGCCAUUUCUAAACUCUUGCAUUGUUUUCAGAAAUUGUGAAAUUUAUUUUGUUUUGAACAAAAAGGACUGAAAAGGGGAAGAAGCAUGCCCUGAGAUCUGGCAAACCUACAGUUCUCCAAAACUGCUCACCUCUGGUACAUGAGUCCAUACUGUGGGCUAGAGCCAAAGAUCUAUUGCAUAAAUAGAUAAAACAAGGCCUCUCCAUAUUCCUGUCCCUUUCCUAUCUCGGCAUCUCAAAAGGUGAAUUGCCAUUUGUGGAAGCUUCUUGGAGUGCAUUGCAAAAUCCAACUGGAUUUCCAGACAAUGUCAGUUUCACUCCUAUUCUCACCCAUCAGAUUUUAGCAAUCUAUGCUCCAAAUCAGAAGGUUGGCAUCUACUGCAGUUGCCCACUCCGGCAGUAUAAGAAUAUCCAUGACACUCUUACAUGCUAAAACCAAACCAUCAGCCCAUAGAAUCAAGCUCUGACUGGCAACACUCUUGCUGAGUCAGGUGCAACGUUUCCUUGUAAUAGGGAAUCUUUCCUAUGAGCUUUGCCACUGAGUAAUGGACUCUCGAUAAUCUCCUGAUCCUUCUUGUUUCUCAAUUCGACUGGAGGAAGAGAUAGCCAGAAGGAGGCAGCAAUAAAUAGUAGGCCAUCUGCCUGAUUCCUAGGAUAUGUGUGUGCGCUCUGGUGCCUUAGUCCAGGUGGGUGAGCUGUGUGACCUUUGCAGCCAACCUUUUACCUUCAUAGCAUGAGCGCCGUAAGCCUUAGAGACAUCAUUAUACUCAGGAAACGGAGAGGAGGAAUUUACUGCCCAGCCUAGAAACCUGUACAGUGAGAGGACUUGGAUCUAAGGGAUGUUCACCGCUUGCAUUUGCAAUUGUGCUCUUGAUACAAUGGAGUUGCUUAUAACAAGAGAAUGCGUCUUCAUUCAGAUAUAUAUGGAGAUGCUUUGUAUGAAGUGGCCCUAAUGUGCUUUAAAGUUGUUUCAGAUGUAUGACAACUUUAUCUGUGUCCUAGUAUGCUAUAGAAUGCUAUAGCCAUCCAUAUGUGCUACAAAAGUCUCUGCUUUAAAGAGUGUACAGAGAAAUGCUUGACAGAGGAACAGGAGUCGGUUGAUUUAUUAAGAGCACAGAAAUCUGUCAUACUAGGAACUCAGCACCUUGGGACAUAUUUCCAAAAAGUCCUUUCUUUCCUCAGCAGGUAGUUGAUGAAACCAAGGGGAUGAAAUGCUGAGUCCAAGAUAUGUGUGCAGAAUUCAUUCUUACCAUUUCUACCAUUUCUUUCGUGUCUUCCAUUUUUUUGGGAGCAUGAAACGGGAAGUCCCCUCUCCAAACAAAAAUCUGCUUGACACGAAAGCCAGCUUUCGUCUGCAGCUGAACUUGCCUCCUUGCCUUGGAAAGAGAAUGUGUGUGUGGUAUGGCACAGGCAGGCCUGGAGUGUGCCUGCAGCUGAGUGCCUCUUACUCUAGAGUAAGAGGUGCUCCGCUGCAGGUCCUGGCAGGCGUGUGUACUUUCCGGGCCUGCCACCAUGCUACACAUGCACUCUCUUUCCAAGGAGAGUGCCUGUGUGCUGUGGCGUGCAGCCAGACCUGGAAAUCACAUGUGCCUGCCAGUGCCUGCAGCUGAGUGCCUCUUUCUCUAGAGUAGAAACAGCAGGAGCCAGGUAAGAAGUAUGGAAGCCUCCUUAAAGUGCAUGGGGAAGGGGAGCCAGUGCCUGAGAACCUCCCCCCAUAAUGGUCUGGUUUUUGGGGGCCCAAACCAAAAAGAAAUAUCUACCUCCCGAUUUUGGGAGGCUCCCAAAAAAUGGGCCAGGCCUCCAACGGAAGCCAAGACAUGAAACAGUGCAAGGUUUAUUGCUUGAUGAGAAUAAUAGCUUUGCUUGGCACCAGCAACCAAAGCUUUCAGGUUAGAAUUCUGUUGCUGCUUUAUACUGGCAGAACAUUUUAUACUGGCAGAAUAUAAAUUCUGUAAAUAAAUAAAUAAAUAAUUUUUCCCUUAUACAUUUCAGAGAUAUGUGUGGCCAAAAAAUAUCAAACUAUGGAUGAAAGUGAUUAACAAGGAAGAACUGGCAAGCUAAACAAGGAUGCAGCAGUUUGUUUUUCUCUACCCUAAAGGAAUGGACAGAUUCAGCCCCCUCCUCUCCCCACUUCUGGGGUGAAAGCUACUUUCACAUUUUAACUCAUUGAAAUAGCCUAAAAACAAAGAGAGAAAUAGAAAGGAGAGAGAGAAACUGGAUAAUUUCAAAAGCAAUUGAAAAAAAAAUGGGGAUUAAUCUGUCUCAAAUCAAGACAUUUGAAAGAUGUGGGAUGAUAGGAUAUGCAAACUGAUCCAUCUGGAAGCCAUGCUGUGUAGAUCAGCUGUCUAAUUUAUUUUCCUAAAAAUAGCACUUCCUCUCAAAAUCUCCAACCAUCAUGCCUUCACAAUAAUGCAUUGAGGCUUGCAUCUUAGGAAAGUGAAGGCAGUGAUAUCAGAUAUAAACCCCCUUGAACCCUGGAUGGAAUUUCCUUUCCUUUGGAUACUUGGAGACCUAUACAGAAAUAUUCAUGCUAGUCCCUUGAUGACUGCAGAGUCAUGUGGUGACUCGAUGUGUUUGAAUGUAUGUUGUUGCAGAAAUGUAUCACAGAAAUGGACCGUUUCUCAACACACACAGAGCUGUGAAUGAGGAAAUCACAGGCUGUUUGCAGAGACACCAAACCACACCUAAGAAACUCCCCCUGGACUCAACAUUUUCCAACAUCCUGCCCUAAGAUUGUUUCAGGCAGACUGGAAUUGCAAAGGCUGGGGGGAGUGGCAAUAGCCUUUUGAAAACAGUCGAGGAUCAGGCACUUUAAAUAUAUGCAACCUUUGCAGCUGUUUAAUUGGAUCUGAAUUUGAAUUUUUAAGUGGAUUUUAUAUUGCUUUUUUGGAAAAGCUACCCAUUCUGAACCCUGGGGCUGUACAGUCAAAUUCAUACGUAAAUGAACCUGCCCCCAAUUUAUGUUGGCAAAAUCGACGCAAUAAAAUACAGAAAUAAACUUGAAUCUUACAAAUCCAACUCCCAGCAUCACUGGCAUCAAUGCCUCAAAGUUUGUCAUAUGGAACCAGUAUUUCCAGGUAGCAUCAACUCAACACAUGGUAAUCUGUCAUGCGUAUAUAUAUAUAUCCUGUAUAUAUAUAGGCCAGGAUUCACGCAAGGGUCUACAUCUUUGCAAAUGGACUUGCAUCUGCUGGAAAUAAAAUUGAACAGGGCUGGGUCAACAUUGCCAUGUAAUGCAAUUUGAACUGCAUUAUAUGGGUCUACACUGACUUGAUAUGGUAAUGUUGAUCCAACCAAAGUCUGUAUUCAGAGUGGGUGCCAUGAAGGUAUAAUUUUGGGUGGGAGUGUCAGCAUGCAUGUUGUGGUCAUUGUACAUUGGGCUUCCACAAUGUCUAAAAGACUGAAGAUUGCAAAUGCACUUUGGUAGAAUCCAAUGCACAUCAAGUGCCAAUAUGGAUUGGAAGAGCCCAAUAUGCGCCGAGACAUUCUUCCUGGUGCCCUAUAUACAUCUGUGCUAUUUACUACAGUACUUUUACUGCAUUUAAUAAAUCCACACAAAGUUAUCUAAUGUAGACCAUGGUUGAGAAUUCUGGUCAACCCUUCCUUCUUUUUGAUUCUUGAGAUCAUUGUCAGAUGGACAGUUGAGAUCAUGGAUGCAACUGGUGUACUCCAUGACCUUUCCCAAUGUUCUGAAAUCAUCUGGAUAUUAGUAACAUUGCUACUAUUCACAGAUUGGGGAGCCAAGUUGACCAUGUUUACUUACGUUUAUGAUCCUGCUUUACACACAUGUACCUUGUUCCACCCUACUAGAGGAAAGAAAUGCAUAUAUUGUGAAAUGUAUUAUGUGUCAACCACAUGCAAUCAACUUGCAAAGAACAUGUAGCUGCAUGUGUGAAGUGAGCAUUCGCUUGGAUUUAAGGUUACAUGUAGAUGUCCGGCCCAGAUCCGCCAUGCAUUGAGCAACUAGAGGUCAAGCAGUGAGACAUGCAUGUACCUGUUUUGUGCAUACGCCACGUCUAUGUAAGUGAAUAGGCAAUGUGCAAGCCAUUAGCAAGUCAUGUGUUAAAGCAUGAGUAGACAAUGUGCCAGUCAUGAGGAAGUCAUGCUCAGUUCACGAGUGCACCAUAAGCAAUUAGUGUAAAGCAUGAGAAACCAGUGAGUAAAGCAGGUGUUAAACCAUGAGUAAAGCAUGUGUUAACUAUGUAUGACAUGUAAAUUCCUGAAUAUUUUCAUAUAAAGUAUACGCCAACUGCAAACUCUUCCCAAAAAAGUAUAUCAUGCAUAUAUCACGUGCUAAGCAUGUGAGUACCAAGUGCAAAAUAAUCAAAGCAUAUAUGUCAACCAUGAUUUGACCCAUGUGUACACCAUGUGUAAAUCACAUGAAAAUCCACAUGUAAUACAUGUCAGUGUGAAUUAAAACAUACACACAUGAGCCAGUGUUUUCACAUGGUAUCAUUUGAGAGUAAGCUUCUUAUGAUUCUUCAUAUUUCUGUCUUGUUGUAGUGGAACAGCAUAGCUUGGCUAUUGGCUAAUAUCCUAAACUGACAACAUUUUAGUUGACCAGUCUUUAUGAAUCCAACAACAAGACGUGCUCAGUCUGUGUGUGAAGUGGAGGAACACGUUCUAAAGGUGUGGAGUGUGCAAAGAAUAUGUAAACUUCUAGCACCCAUGUAAAAAUAAAUCUUUAUAACAGUUACAAACUAUGUAUAAACUAUAUGUAAACAAGGCAUAACUUUGUGUAAAGCACUUGUAAACGCUGUGUAAAGUGCAUGCCGACAAAGUGCAAAUUCAUUAUAAAGCAUAUGCAAAUUCAUUGUAAAGCACAGGCAGAGCAAGGUGUGAACUCCGUGUAAAUCAUGUGAAAGAAAAAAAGCUCUUUGUAAAGCAUGUGUAAGCAGAGUGCAAGUAUUUUCCAAACAUCACACCAUGUAAAGUAUGUGCAAAAAAUGAUGAUGAUGUAAAUGAUUUAUGGAGCACAUGUAAGUCCGAUGUAAAAUAGUUGUAAAGUGUAAAGUGAAUGGCAGUGUGUAAGCAAUUCAUUACGCAUGUGGGAACGGAGUGUGAACUCUUUGGAAAGCAUGAGGAAAGCCAUUGUUAGAUGAGCAUAUAUGACAUGUGCGAGAAGCAUUUCAAAUAAUGUUGCUUCAACAGACUUGCAGACUAUAUACCUGAUAUACCUUUGGACAAAAUGUAACCUAUUCAGAAGACCAUGUACCUUGCAGAUAAGGAAAUAGAUAGCAGGGAUGGGGUUCCUCCAGGCUUUACACAGAUUUUACACCUUGUCUGCACAUGUGAAUACUUGUGCAAGCCACUAAUUAAUAUGCACCAUGUCAGUAUUGUAAAACGUGAGAGGGGAUCGAUUGGUUUUCCCGAGGGGAGAGCGUGCGUGAUUCCUGAUGGAGUGGGUGACUCGAAGCCUGAAGUCUUGGUGUUGUUACUAUGCACGAGUCGAUGAGACAGAAGUGUGGUUCUCUGGCUUGCUUUCCAGAUUGCCACCAGAGAUGAAAACUGAUUUUUUGGAGCCUACUUUGUUCAGCAUUUUGAAGGCAGCUGCAGAACAUGACAUAUAUCUCGUUCGGAGAAAGCCUUGCCAUCUUCCUUCCUGCAAGGCUCCUAUUCCUUUAAGAGUUAUGUCAUUGGGCAGAAUCCCAUCUGAUCCUGGAAGCUAAGCAGGGUCAGCUCUGAUUAGUACUUGAUGGGAGACUGCCAGGUACUGUGGGCUAUAUUUCACAGGAAGAUCACAUCUUGUGUAUUCCAUGCCUGAGAAUACCCUCUGAAAUUCAUGAUGUUACAAUAAGUCAGACAGGCAACUUAAAGGCACAUGCACACACACAAUUGGGCAAAGGUUCAAGAGGAGAGAUUUCCCAUUUCACGAAAACCAUUUAAAUUUUCCCACCACUUAGGCAUUGGUUAAAUUUAGAAGAGGGAGUUGUGUGGCAGUUCAGAUGGACUGGAGUGAAAAUUAAAUUAAAUUUCUGCUCCCCCAUGAAAAUUUCCUUCAACUUUCACAUUUAUCAAGCGGUAGAACUUAGGUUGACGUUUCUUUGGUCAUUUGACGUCUCCUUUUUCUUUGAAAGCCUAGCCUGUAUUUCUAAAUGCUCAGCUGGAAUUUUAAGAUAACAGAAUGCAAGGAAUUUGAGGAAUGAAGGAAAAAGAGAAAAGUGGCAGCAUUCUCAUUCAAUGACUACCAUAUUUUGCAUUAUUGUUAAAGAUUGUAAUCUAAAGCAUUGUCCGCUGGUGAAAAAUAAGUGGAAGCAUCAACCAUUGGCAGAUCAGAUCACUGUCUGUCGGAGCAAAAAUUGGUUUGAAGGGGAUGUGCCAGAAGACAUUACAGCGAGCCAUAGGUAACUGCUGGGGUUUUGGUUCCAGGUCUCCGUGUAGAUACCAAAAUCCAUAGAUGCAUAGAUCCAUAGAGGCAAAAGGAUAAAGAUGGUAGCCUAAAAAGAUCAAUGAAUUCUGGGAGUGCCUUUAUGGGGGAGGUGGGGAUACAAAGGGCAUACCAUCCAACAUUUCACAGAUAAAAAUAGGGGUGUAUGUGGCCAAGCAAUUUCAGAGUGUGAGCCAGAUGGCAAAAGUUCUUAAAGAUGAAGAAUCAAACAAGCUAGGCGAGGUGGCGAAGUGCAUUAAAGCACUGAGCUGCUGAACUUGCGGACCACAAGGUCCCAGGUUCAAAUCCCGGGAGCGGAGUGAGCGCCCGCUGUUAGCUCCAGCUUCUGCCAACCUAGCAAUUCGAAAACAUGCCAAUGUGAGCAGAUCAAUAGGUACUGCUCCUGCGGGAAGGUAACGGUGCUCCAUGCAGUCAUGCUGGCCACAUGACCUUGGAGGUGUCUAUGGACAAUGCUGGCUCUUCGGCUUAGAAAUGGAGAUGAACACCAACCCCCAGAGUCAGACACGACCGGACUUAACGUCAGGGGAAAACCUUUACCUUUACCAAGUGUCCUGGGAAUGGCAAAAUUCUGCCCCCUUCUGUCUGCUGUCUCUCUCUCUCACCCCUCCCCCAAUUAGAUAAAUGCAAACUGCUUUUGCAUCUUGAACACAGUUUGCAACAAUUGAGGUGAGGUGAGGACCUUUUCACCAUGAAGGUGGUUUCCCCAAGUGAAUGGAUAAAACAGGGUCACGCCAGAUAAUGCAGAGCAGGAGAUUACAAAAAUGGGGAAGGAAUAGACCUAUCAUGGAAAAGGAAGAGCAACAGAGUCAAAGGCAUGGGAAAACAACCAAAAACAGAGUGGAAGUAGCGAAAAGAUGAGAAAUAGAGAGGAGGCUUGACAGGAACACAACAACAGGCAGUAGCUGGUUGAGUAUUACAUCCUCAUGAGGACAUCAUAAGACAAGAUUCAGCAGUAGAUGCUCACACACUUUAAAGGAGGAAUGGACAGAUCCAUUUUUGCCACUGUAUCCAUGGCAAACAUUUAAAAGGUUAUUUGGAUUAGAACUCUCCAAAUCCCUCAUCCUGCAAAGCCAGAAACUGUGUUGGCUGAUAGAAGUGUAGUUAUGUUUGUAGAUGUGCCUUCAAGUUGCUUGUCGACUUAUGAUGACCCCAUGGAUUUCCUAGGGUCUCCUCAGGCAAGGAAUACUUCCAGGUGGUUUUUCUUGCUCCCUCCUCUGAAAUAUAGCCCCUAGCACCUAGUAUUCUUCAGCAGUCCCCCAUCUAUGUACUAACAAGGACUGGCGCUGCUUACAUUCUAAGAUCAGAUGGGAACUGGUGCCUUAGGCAACGGGAGGGGGGAAACGAGGACGCGGUUCCUCCCCUGAAAAAUGCCUCCGAUCUUGACAUUUCUAGCAUUGCAAUGAUGAAAGACAUCACCAAAGCCUUGAGAAAUGGAGUUUAAGCAGGCAAAGAAAAGGGGAAGGUAGGGUUACCAAGGGAAUGUGAAUACGGCAAAUAAGAACCUUCCAGAGGUGAGCCAUCUCCAAUGUCUCUUUCACUGCAAUGCCUGAAAUUUGGAAAGCGGAGAAACAUUGCAUGCAAGUUGAAGUCUUACUGGGUAGAUAGUCCUCCUUAUAUUCCCCUGAGUAUACGUCCUCUGGUUAGGGGAUUGUGGGAGAGGUUGGCCCAAAAUAUAACCCUUCCUGAAUAUAUAGAUGUGGAUAUAUAGAUUAUGGAACCAAGGAGGAAGAGGAGAGGAGCCUCCAGGUUCAUCCAAAGCACAUCUUAAUUUAUUGGAUGCUCUGAGGAUAAAUACAUGGGUGUCAUCUGCAUGUAUUUCUUCCAAAAAUUGAACAGGAAUCUGACUGUGUAAAGGAAUGAUGGGGAAUGCAAGACAACAUUGCAUAUGGAAUGAACAGAGGCAUAAGACGGGUAAAGGACUCUUUUAGAGUUGGCUAGCCAACCACUCCAUCAACAGUCUCACACGCAAGUUACCGUCGCAGAGGUUAGGGGGUGGGGGGGCAGGAGGGCAGCUGGGCAGGGGCGGGGGCAUGUUGGUGGAUGCUGUACCUCAACAUUUUAGAAAAAUGACAAAAAUAUUGUAAAAAAAAACCUUUAUUGCAAGCAAAACAAACCACCUUGUCUUCCAUCUCAUGCGGCCCGUUCAGGGCCACACCCAUCGCAGGGGGCCGUGCCCAUCCCCAAAGAGACGGGAUUCGAACUCCCCUCGAGGCGAAGGGGGUUCGAAUCCAUCUCCUUCAAGGGGUGACUUUGCGGCUGAAUUCCUGAGUCUUUGGGUUAUUUUUUUAAUUUAUUUAUUAUUUUUGCCAAAUCCAUGAGGGAAAAAAAAUACAAAUUAAAGUACUAAAAAAAUCUUUCUUUUUCCAAUAAAAUCAAAUAAAACCAUAAA